AUUCCAUCACUAAAAAACCAUUUGUUAUAAUAUUAAUCAGAUAUAUAAUGGAUAAUAACCCUUCACAAAACUCUGUAAACUUUCUAGAUAUAUCUAACGAUAUUAGUGAAUUUAAUAAUUAUAAUUAUUACUAUCCUAAUAAUUUUCAAGAAACAACUAACGUAAAUCAAGCAGCAAUACAACUUUCAAACGUUUCAUGCGAUAAUUUUAAUUGUUCUUAUGAGGAACCGAAUGAUAAUAUUAUGCCAGUAUCUUACGUGAAUGAACAAUUUUCCUCUCAAUAUACGCCGCAGUAUAUAGAUCAAAAUGUCAACGAACGGAUUUUGGAUCAAGAUUCACCUCAGUAUGACAUUAAUUAUCCUCAAAAAAAUUAUCGUCAAUUUCCUGAAUUAAAAUUUGAAAUUCCUGGAUAUAAAAUUAUCAUUAUACCUACUUUUCCUCUAAAUUUAGAUAAUUUAGACAUGCAAAAUCAUGAUCAAAAUGAUCAAAAUUAUCAAAAUGAUCAAAAUUAUCAAAAUUAUCAAAAUUAUAAUCAUUCUUCAAAUAUUGUAAUAGAUGAUUUACCACCUCAGAAUCAACAAUAUCAACAUUUUCAACAACAAAAUUCUUCUUUUGAAUUAAACGAAUCAUUUAAUUAUUCUUAA